GUUAAGGAAUAGGCAAAAUUUCCAACACGCUCAAGAUCUGCUCUUGGAGUAUAUUGUAACGUAAGAAGAUGAUGGCUGAAGAUCUCGGUGUUGUGGAGGAGGCAGCGGUCCGGGAGGUAGUCAAUCUCCUGCCAUUAACGGAGCUCCUGCAGUCGGCUUCAUCGAUCAAAUCUGACUACCAGCAGAAAUGGUAUCUGGACAUUCUUGAGGCGGAUAAAGUGCAGCCACCAAAAAACACAUAUGAUGGGAAACUGUACACACCUGCUCCUGUUGACCUAUUUAGGAUCUUAGGAGAGCAAGUGAAAAUAGUGCGAGACAAUUGUUCUGAUGCCAUGCUUUACAGAACUGCUUUGGCAAUAAAUCAGGUAAUGAUUGACUUUCAAGGAGCUGAAAGAAAGAGAUUACAAGAACCUGCAUUCGAAGUUGGUUUGGAACCAUUAUGUGCAAUGAUCAACAAUAACCUUCUCUGUUAUGAUCUUGCUAAGGAGCUAAGUUCUAGCACCAUUGAAGCUCUUCCAAAGAAUUAUGCUCAGCAGGUCAAUUUUAAGGAUACUUGCAAAGGAUUUCUGGAGGUUGCAAAGGAAGCCGUGCAUCAAGCUGCCAAUGUCAUAUUUGAAGAUCCUGGAGUGCAGCAAUUACUUGUUAAACUAUAUCAGAGUGGAGAUUGGCUGGAUGGGAAAGUUACACAUAUUCUAGUUGCAACAUUUAUCGACUAUUUCUAUGAUGUGAAAAUGUACAUUGAGAAAAGAUCAUUUAGGAGAUUUGUUGAGGCUUGUUUGGAAGAGACAGUAGUUGUUUAUGUGGACCAUAUGCUGAUGCAGAAAAAUUACAUCAAGGAGGAAACAAUUGAAAGAAUGAGGCUAGAUGAAAAAGUUCUCAUGGCUUUCUUCCAGAAGUACAUCAUUGUUUCCAAAGUCAAGAAUAGAUUAAGGGUUCUUGGUGAUUUAAGAGAGCUUGCUUCUUCGGAGAGCCCCAAUUCUUUCACACGCGUUUACACAAACAUUUUGGAGCAUCAACCAGAUUGUCCUCCAGAGGUAGUUGAGAAGAUUCUGGGAUUGCGAGAGGGUAUAUCACGGAAGGUUUCCAAAGCGGUUAUUCAAGAGUGCAAAGAAAUAUAUAAAAGCUCUCUCGUUGAUGACAAUCCUUCAAAGGCGGGUUUCGAUUUUUCCAGAGUGAGGUGCUUGUCACAAUUUAGAGGAGUUUCAAACUUGUAGAGAAGGUCGACUUAAGCCUGAAAUUAUCAGGUUAUAUAACCCAACCCCCUCUGAUUUGUGCUAUGGUAUGUCAAAUGUGUGUUUUGUUCUAUAUCACACGUAAAUAAAUAUUUACUAUGGCUUAUUGGGGAAAUAAUGGACUGUUGAAUGAUGGAGGUAUUGCAUUCCUAUUUCUUAUAGUUAUUAUGCAAGGUAAUUUAGUGA